UUAAAUUAAUUCAAGGUUUAAUUUUAGUAAAAUAAUUAGUAUAAAUUAAAAUUUAUAAUAAAUAUAAUAAUCAAAAUUAAAUCCCGAGAAAACAAUUUAAAUUAUUAAUUUUAACGUUAAUUAAAAUUAUUUCCGAACUGAAAAAUUCAAAUUAAAAUUUAAAGCGAACCAAUCGGGUCAAGACAAGGCCAUGGGCUUGCGCCCAUACCUCGUCAAGUCCAACAAGCAACAAACCCCUUGUCACUCGAUUGAUCGUACCGCAAAGCCCAAGCAACAACGUACCAAUGCGUCAGGCCCAGCGAGCCACGCUUGCGCGCAGCCCACUCGCCCAUCGCCUUGGCGCGCUGCUGGGCAACGCUCGCUAGACAGGCCAGCCAACGCUGCUCGCGUGCACGUUGUGCUGCGCUUGUCGCUGCCUUGGCUACUGCCUUGGCGUGCUGCUGAGCGACGCAGCGCAUGUGUGGCGCAGCAUCCAUCGCUGCCCACACGUGCUUGCCUUGCUCGCUGCACUUGCUAGCCCGUUGCCCCAUCGCCCACACGCGUAGCACACGCCCCUUAGGCGCAUAGCCUUGCGCAUGCCAGGCUCGUUGCUCGCUGCAUUAGUACCGCACGGGCGACGAGCUCCCUUGCUCGUUGUCUCGUGCCCGCACUAUACAACACCCCUUAAGGGUAACACGUAGCUUCCAUUGCUUUGUGCGUGCAACAUUUAUGGGCGUAUUCAUAAAUAUUUUAAAAAAAAUUUAAUUCAAAAUUAUGACAAAUUAAUAAAACAUAUUAAUUUCAUAAUUUUAGGGCGAAAAAUCGAAAAUUUAUUAAUCAAUUAAUUUCCGAUUAACAUGGAUUCAAAUCUAGGUCAUAAAAGUUAAAAAUUUAACAUAAAUUAACAAUUUUUAUGGUGUACUUUAAUCAUGGAUACCUAAUUAAAUUAUUAAUUAAUUAUGAAAAACAAAUCAAUUCAAAAUUAUUCGAAUUUCAACAAAUUAAUCAUAAUUACAAAUUAGGUUGUAUAAUUAACAAGUCUAGGCAUUCAUAAUUGUUAAACAUAUACAGUAGGUCAAUCAAAAACUCAAGAUUUCUCAACAAGAAUCGCAAAUACUUAAUUUAACAUCUUAAAUUUACAAACUUUUGCGUUCGAAAAACUAAAACCUCCGAAAAGUCAUAGUUAGGCUUCGAAUUUGGGAAUUCUGGGUUCGGCCGAAUAUUACUAUUUUUGUCAAAAUUUUAGAAUGCCUUUUACAUGCGGAAUUGACACAAAAAUCACUCGAUUUGGAUGAGUAACGAAGAAACUGCCGAAAAACUGCGUACAUAUAAUUAAAUAAACGCAAUUUGCAAUUAAUUACGGAAAUUAAUCACCCCUUUAAUUCUUUGCAAAUUUUUAAAAUUUAACCAUGUUCAUGCAAUUUAGAUUAUGAAAAUAAUAAGAGACUCGUGAUACCACUGUUAGGUUAUGAUACAUAUGAAUAAACAUAAAUCAUGCGGAAAAACCAUAAAGCCAGGAAACAUAUUAUUUACACAUAAUCAUUUAGCAUAAUUCAGAUGCAUACACUUUGUUGCGUGCCCUCCCUAGCUGCGCCGGAACCGAACAAGAACAAGUCUUUAGGACUCCAAGUGUCUUCCCUCCGUAGAUAGUCCACAGCACGUCCGGAUCCGCCUUAAGCUUGACCCACUAGAAUCGCCCUUAAGGUUACUAGGAUUUUCGGCUAUUUGGGUUGCAAGUGUUUGGCUGAUUUUUGCUUGAAAAUCUUAUAUUUUAAAUACUUCAAAUCUUGAUGUAAAUAUGUGACCCUAGGCCUAUAUUUAUAGAGUUUAUUGAAAGGAAUUAUAAUCCUACUAGGAUAUGGAUUUAUUAAUUAGAAUCCUAUUAGAACUCUAAAUAAUAAAUUUAAUCUCUUAGGAUUAGGAUUAGGAUUUAAUCAAUGCACAAAUUCCAAUAGGAUUAGGAUUCGUUACGAACACGAGUGUUGCACGAUCACGAGGAACGCACGCACCCGCGCAAGCCUUGCGGCCCACUCGAGCACGCGCUGCCUCGCAGCCCACGAGCAUAAGCCCGCGCGCGCCUAUGGCCUUGCUGGGCCUGGCGAGGCUGUGGCAGCUCCGUGUUUGGGUGCUUGGCUUGCUGGGCGCGGGCCUGGCUUCGUGUUGGGCCUUCGUCUAGCAAGCCUCGUCCGAUGCUAAUUUGUACGAUGCGCUUCCGAUUAAAUUCGCGGUCCGGAAUUCAUUUCCGAUACGAACAAUAUUUAAUAUUUCCGAUUCCGGAAUUAAUUUCCGUUUCGAACAAAUAUUUAAUAUUUCCGUUUCCGGAAUUAUUUUCCGAUUCCGAUAAUAUUUCCGAUUCUGACAAUAUUUCCGUUUCCGGCAAUAUUUCCGAUUCCGGCAAUAUUUUCAUUUCCGAUAAUAUUUUCCGAUACAUACCAUGUUUCCGUUUCCGGCAACAUCUACGACUUGGAUAAUAUUUAUAUUUCCGAUACGAUCCAUAUUUCCGUUUCCGGCAAUAUCAUCGUUUCCAGAGUAUUCAUUUCUUGCUUGUGACGAUCUUAGCUCCCACUGAAACCAAGAUCCGUCGAUUCCGAAUAUCCAUAGAUAGAGUAUUUAAUGCCAUUAAAUACUUGAUCCGUUUACGUACUAUUUGUGUGACCCUACGGGUUCAGUCAAGAGUAAGCUGUGGAUUAAUAUCAUUAAUUCCACUUGAACUGAAGCGCCCUCUAGCUAGGCAUUCAGCUCACUUGAUCUCACUGAAUUAUUAACUUGUUAAUUAAUACUGAACCGCAUUUAUUAGAUUUAACAUUAUAUGCAUACUUGGACCAAGGGCAUUAUUUCCUUCAGUAUAUGAGCCGCUUUUUGAGUUGUCCUCAUUUUUCCGAAUAUUGUGUGCUAAAGAAAUUCGGCUAGAUGAGUUGGAGCGCGUAGAAACUCUAAUUCCCAUAACCCUUUGUAAACUUGAGCAAGUUUUUCCCCCUUCUUUUUUUACGGUUAUGGUACAUCUCACGGUUCACUUGCCUACGGAGGCUUUACUUGGGGGUCCUGUUCAGUAUAGAUGGAUGUAUCCGGUGGAGCGGUUUUUGUACACUCUUAAGUCGUUUGUUCGUAAUAGAGCUUGUCCAGAAGGGUCGAUAGCAGAAGCUUUUGCAGAUUAUGAAUGCUCGACUUUGAUUUCAAGGUAUUUGCAUGACAUAAAUACUAAAUUCAAUCGCCCGGUAAGGAACUUUGAUGGUGGUGUCAUUGAAAAUCUUGGAGGACUAUCCAUAUUCUGUCACCUUGGACGACCAUUAGGGGCUGGACAAGCACAUGACUUAGCCUUACACGAGUGGGAGCAGGCCCAUGCAUAUGUUCUCAAGAAUUGUCGAGAGGUGCAACCAUUUAUCCAGAAAUUUCAUGAGGUGGUAGAUAAAAGAGGCUUGGAGAUACCAAUUCAAAGUUGGAAUUCAAGUUUCAUAAAGUGAUUUCGUAAAGCGGCUGAAUAUUUGCAAAAGGAAGGUCGGAUAAAUGAUGAGAUGCUCUCUAUAGGGCGUGGUCCAAUGGAAACUGCUAUGUUCUUUGGUGGUUACAUUACAAGUGGAUUUAAAUUUCAGUCGGAAGAGCGUGAUAGAGGCUUAGUAACACAAAAUAGUGGAGUAGUUGUGGUUGGUGAAGUUGAUAUGAGUAAUAGCUUCUUCGACUACUACGAGGUGCUAACACAAGUCGUGAGUUUGCAAUACUUGGGUGCUAAACGUGUGACAUUGUUUCGUUGCCGGUGGUAUGAUGUGCAUGAUACUGAGAAUGGGAUGAAGAUCGAUGAAUAUGGUACAGGGAGCAUCAAUUGUCGUCGCCUUUUGAAAACAGAUGAACCAUUUGUGUUAGCUAGUCAAGCAUCACAAGCCUUUUAUGUUGUUGACAAUGCUAAUAAGGGUUGGCAUGUAGCUGAGAAAACACAACCUAGGGACUUGUAUAAAACAAUAUCAAAGUGCAAUAAUGAUACAAAUGAGACAGACAACGAAAAUGAGGCGUUUCAGUUAAAUGAGUCCGAACGAUUUCUUCCAGAGUGGCUUCCACAUGUUUCCUUUGAGAAAGGUGGUAAGAUCUGUAAUGCAAUUGGAGAAGGUGAACCCAUAAUUGUUGAUAAAAGUGAGAUAAAAAGAAGGAGAAAACAGAAAACAAGUGGAAGUUCCAAGAGAAGUAGAACCUAAAACGAUCAAGUGUCAUUUGUAAAUAAAAUAAUAUGGCCCCUUUUGCAAAAAUAAAGGAAAUACUUGGUAGGAAUCGCAUGAAUAGUAGAGGUAAAGAAAUAAAUCAACAAGCCCAGGAUAUUCCGUUCGAAGAUGACUUGGACAGUCUCUUACAAGGUCAAGUAGAAAAUACUAACAAUAUUGGAGCUAGCUCUUCUUCAAGUGCUCCGGUAAAGACGAAGAAUCUCAAUCUAGUACCUCGAGGAAGAAAUAAGUGCAAGAAGGCUGCACAUCUUUCAGCUGGGAAGAAACUUCGGGUAGCGUUUUAUGAAGGUCGAGUAGCGGGUGAUGAUGGAAAUGAAUUCACAAGGUAUUUUGGGAAAAUUGUUCAUAACCCCAACUUGUGUCCCGUGAGAGUUCACAAAUGGGAAGAUUUGGACUCAGAUAAUGUAGAACAUAUGUGGGCUGUUUUACAGGAGAAGUUUGAGAGCGAGGACAUGGAACAAGAGCGUACCUCUACAAUUAAUCAUAUGAAGGAAAUUUGGAGGAAAUGGCAAGGUAAAAUGUUUCAAGAUCACGUAAAGAACAAGUCUAUGGGACAAGCUAUAACGAGGGUGCCAAGGAACAUGGAUAAGUAUGAUUGGGAAUGGCUUGUGAGAGUUUAUUACCAUAGUGACAACUACAAGAAAAUCGGUGGGAAAAAUUCUGAAAAUAGAGGUGCAGUAACCAUGCCACAGCGUACGGGAAGUAAGCCAUUUCGACAAAUAAAGUAUGACAUGGGUGGAAGUUCUGGAAAUCCUCCAAGUUUUGAGAAGUUUUGGUUCGACACUCACAAAACAGGAAAUAUCCUAAACAAGCCUGAAACUGUGGAAAAACAUGAAAUGAUCAAGAAGACAAUUCAAGAAAAUCCAGAGAUGGAGGUAUUUGAUGUUAUAGAAGAAUGUUUUGGGAGGCAAAAUAAAGGAUAUGUGGUUGGGUAUGGUGGUUCUGUCAAGCCUAAGGAUCUAAGAGGACCUCUACCAAACAGAUUUGACCUUGAAAUGAAGUUAAACAAGCUGGAAAUGUUAAUGAAGUGUUACUGGGAAGAAUAGAACAUGUGGAAGCAGAAAGCAGAACCUUCGCUGCUCGUUUAAAUGAAGUUGAAGCAAAAUUUGAGGGAAAACUUCAGGCCAUUCUAGAUGCUUUUGGUGAUGAGUAAGGUAAAUACUAUAAAUCUCCCUCUUUUAAUUAAGUCACUUUUUUUAUGAUAGGUAAAACACAUGAUGUACAGGUAUUGGGAAAACUUCAGGCCAUUCUAGAUGUGUUUAAGGCCAUAAGUUUAAAUGAUUAUUACAAAGUAUUUGCUUUAUUCAAGGGAGAUUUGGUGCAAUAUUGGCGUUUUACUUUGUUUGAGAUCUAAAUUUGUUUACUUGAGAUGAUAAGAUGUUGUCGCAGCACUAAAAAGUGUGCGUGUGUAGCAGAUUGGUAGAUAAAAUUGACAAAAUUAGGCCUAGUUACUUAUCAAACUAUUGUAGUAUGAUCCGAAUACAUUGGGUUCAAGGAUGUGGUCGAUCGAAUAUGAGCAGCAGGGAUCUAGCAAUUAGUUCAUAGGAAUGAAAAGUUAUUAAUAUUUACUUAGUUGUUCUGAAUUCACUUGGUGAAGAACAAUUACAUUUUUUCUUGCAAUAUAAUGCUGCAGACAAGAAUAAGAAGAGCUGGUACUGCGGUUGUUACUUGAUGUUUGACUGUAAAAAUCAGUAUCCUCUUAAUCUUACAGUUGAUCAAGUAGUGAUGAAUUAAUGAUAUCGUAAGUGAUAAAUCUAGAAAAUGACUGGCUAGGUGGUUCAGCUAACCUGCUUAGUAUCAAUGGAGUUGACACCUCUCUGAGUUACAUUUGUAGACGUGAGUACACCUUAGAGUGUAAUUGGAAGGUCUGAGCUUGCAGUUAUAUACCAUAACACUUUCCACAUUUUAUUUUAAUCAAAUUCUGUCUUGGUUUGAAACACAUAACUUGUUUCGCUCUCUGCUGAAUUCAAAGGAAAGAUCUUUUACAGAUCAACUACAUUUUGCAUUAAUUGACUUGGUCGACUAAUGUUGGGUUCUGUUUGUCUACAUCAUGUAUUUUGUGACAAUUAUUUGGAUGGUGGAUAUCAUUUCUACUGGCUUCCUUGCUGACUGCUCUCAAGUUAAGUUGGUGUUGCUGAUAUGCUUCCUUGCUAACUGCUCUGCUAAUUAAAGUGCCUCAUUUCUACUGGCUGAAUCUUCUCUGUUGUAGACAAGUGAGUUUGAAUUUUUAUAUAAUUAGUCAUCAGAUAAACUGGAAAUUUUAUAUAAUUAGGCAUCAGACAAUUCAUUUGGAUUUUUUGUAAUUAACUGGGGUUGUGUUGUUU